UGGCGGCCUAUCGAGGUUGUAAAGUAGAUGACACCUAAGGAUUUAUUUCAGAGCUCUGGACGUAGGAGCAAACUUGCACAAGAUGUCUCUAGCAGCGGCAGAUAAGCUGCUCAAAAUUUUUGACGCGUUGAAAAAUUUUAGAGAGGGCAUUCCUGUGGUCGACCCAAAUCCUUUGGCAAAGAAGAAAGAAAGCCUUCUGUCUAAAAAAGAAAGAAUAUCAUAUCUGAACACCAUUCCUGAACUAGUUUGCUCCUCAGGUAUAAGAAGUUUGUCUGAAUUUCCAAAGAUCCUGGCUAUCACUGUGGACUCUUUGUUAGUCAGCUGUGAUGAUCAGGAGUCAGAUGUGCGCUUGGUUGCUGGUGAAUCUCUCAACAAACUUAUCAAGGGAUUGAUGGACUCUUUCAUGGGACGGAUACAUGUAGAGCUUUACAAGAAAAUAAAAGAGAAUGGCUCUGCCAGAAGUCUGAGAGCUGCUUUAUCUAGAUUUGGAGACUUGUGCCAUUUGAUUAGGCCACAGAAAUGCCGGCCAUUUAUUGCAAACUUGUUGCCAUGCAUAGCUCGUGUAAGCAUACGCACUGAGGAGACAAUCCAGGAAAUACUUGCCAUUGUCAUGCAGAAGAUAAUGAGUGUUCUGGGAAGUUUUACAGGUGAUAAAGAGGUUAAGCAAUUACUGAAAACAUUUUUGCCAAACUUGCAAUCCUCAUCAGCAACAACCAGACGAACUGCUGCAAGUGGCCUUGUUGUUAUCUGUCAAUAUUCACGUAAACCAAGUUUCUUUUAUGAGUGGCUCCUGAACAUUUUGUUAGGUUUGGUGUUACCAUUCCAUGAAGACAAAGAUUCAACUGUCUAUCUUGGAGUGCUGAUGUGUUUACGACACAUGAUUCCAAACUUGGAUUGCUCUUUCUCAUUUGAUCAUCAAAUGAAAGGUUUGCGAGGCAGCUUUGGUUCUCAUUGCUCAUACUCUGCAGAUGGAACACUUGGUGCUGAACAGAUUCAGAACAAUCAGCUUUUACAGGUUUAUGAAGUGAUCAUGUACUGCACAAAGCAUUCAAAUCAUAAUGUGGUGACAGCCUCGCUCGAAACAUUGCUGCAGCUUCUGCGUGCCCCACCUCCUGCUCUUCUGUCGAUUCUUCUAUCAGCUGAAGGAAUUACACCAAGUGCCAACUCUGAUGCAUCAAAGCAAGACUUGGAGUUUCUGGAAGAAACACCCUCUGAAGGUGACCCAACAAUGAGUGAACUAGAAACAGCUUCCAUCGCUGAAAGCACUGCUAGUACUGUAGAUACUGGGGUUGGCAGCUCCAUUGCAACUGAUUUUGACACAGAGCAAACAUCAGUUGAUGAAAUGCUGAGGUCAGCAGAGCUGGAUCGCCUGCGUCUCCACGGUGGUUCUGCUGGAGACAAUGAUCAAACCAGAGAGGAAGCAGAAGAAGGAAUUGAUGUCUUUGAUUCCACAAUGAGUGAGGUGAAGACAGAAAAUAGAAGAACUACCAGGUCUUUAUCAGACCCUGGUUAUGCUGCUGAAACAGAUAACAAUGCAUCCAUUGAUGCAACUCAGAAUAAGACUCAAGUAUCACAUGGAACAUUUGAUUAUGUUGCCCACCGAGACAGUGAUGGCUUGGAGUUAACCACCUCUGAGGAUGAUACCAUUAGGACAGAGUCAGUAUCAACACAGGAAGUAAGACUGCUUGUGGAGAGAAGUUUUCAGAUAGAUGCAGUGGCCUGCAAAGGGGUGCCUCUUGUACACUGUGUCCGCCUAAUGAGCUCAUUUCUUUUGUCUGGAAACCCUGGUGAGAUGCUGUCAGACUCUUGUGUGCGUGUGAGUGUUAAAUCAUUGGCCCUUUCUUGCAUCGCUCAAGCUGUUAAGCUCUACCCUGAAGCUUUCUUAGUAAGAAUAUUACCUGAGUUAUCUGAGGAUUCAGAUGGUAAAGAAUUUCAUCAAUCCAGUCCUCAGCUUGUUAGAGAUAUUCUUCUCUUUAGUGGACAUGGAGAUCCACAACUGCGAGGAAGUCUGGCCACUGUGAUUGGAAAUGUUGUAAGGACAGGACUGAAGAAAGGAAGGCUUGAUUUUGACACUUGGUGCAUAGACAACUGUCAAGAAAUGGAGACAGUUCCAUUUGGACUGGAAGAUCUAAUCUCAGUGUUGAAGUCUAUCCUUCAAGAUGAGUCUCCUGUUGCCAUCAGACAAGCAUGUGUUUCUCUAAAGAGCUGCCUCUUUUUGCUGUGCUCUAGUAAACACUCCAAGGUUGCUUUGGACCUGUUGAACACCAUUUCAACUCUAAAAGAUAACUCUUAUUGGCUAGUAAAGGUUGAAUUAUUGGAAAUACUAGGGGAAGUGGACUUCAGGCUUUUAGGUCUUCUAAAACUUAAGUUUGAACACCUCCAGGAGUCAGGGAUGCAUAAAUUGUUUAAAACUAAUUUGCAAGAGGAUUUGAUUAAUAAUGUUAUUCUACACUUGCUGGAGGAUGAGGACAUUCGAGUGAGGCAAGCAGCUGCUAAGUGUGUUGUCAGCAUAGUUCCAAGACUCUUUCACUCACUGAACAGUGACAAGCAAGCUUUAGUUGUAUCUGCUGCACAGAGCCAAAUCAGCAGUCUCUUCAUUCAAGAGUCUCACUGUAAGGCUUUCACCCACUCAGUUGUUGAUGCUAACCUUUCAAGAAUUGUGACACUUGUUGUUAACAAACUGAAUCAUUCAACAUCAAGAACCUGUUUGCUUGGAUGUAUUCAUGUUUUGUCAUUACUGGUUGAGACUUUCCCUGUUGCAAGUUAUCCUGAAGCAUAUGGGUGUAGUGUGUCAAUUUCAUGUCGAAGUCCCCUGCCCGCCCACCCUAUAGGGCCAUUUAGUGCACCCUCCAGACCUUCAAGUCCAAGUGCUUCUUGUGCAGGGGGAGGAGGGCCUUUGUCUAUUGUGAUGGGCAGUAUGAUGUCGUCAUGGCUUGCUUAUGAUCUCUUUGCACAUCAGCAGUUGUUGCAAAUUGCAGGGAACAUCUUGUUUGGUGCUGGAUGUAGUGGAGUUCAUGUUACACUCAAGAUGCACUCUGAGAGAGGACCCUCAGAUGAGCCUAUCAGUUCUGCUGAACAUUGGAGUGUGUUUACUGAUAGUACAUUGGCUCCUCAGGCAGAAAAGCUUGUACUCCAUAUGGCCAGGUUAUUGAACAUUUUUACCCAUGUUGUUGAGCAUACUACUCCAGGUGCUCACUCCUUCAAGAUUCCAUUCCCAGGGCAAAACAAGGACAAGCAACAGUCAAGUGCCAUUCCUGGUGUGGCUGCUCCCCACACCCCUCCUUCAGCUUCAGCUGUCUCUAGUUCUGCAUCAACUGUUCCCAAAAGACUGUUGACCAAGACCAAGCGGGCUCUCUCAGAGGCUGAUUUACACCAAGCCUCCUCAGAUAAACCACUGUCACCCUCUAAGACCCAAGGGGGAGUGGGGCAGUCUGGUGAAUCUGAGCAAAGCACUCAAAACCCUCCUCCCAAGAGCAGCAUUGGAACAUUUCAUCAUAUACCUCACUAUAUGAAGUUAUAUGAGAUCAUCAAGGGAGCCUAUGCUAACAACCAGGUUUCUCUGCUGGCUCCAGAUCAAGACAAGUUUUGUCAGUUCCUAUCAGCAACCUUACAUUCUUUGUCUUUACUCCUUGAAGUUUCUGCAUUUGCUGACAUUGGAAAGCAUGUUGAAGAAAUACUUGGCUAUUUGCAAGUUUGUGUGAAACUGGAGGCCACAAAGACUUUAUUAUGUGUUCAGCAGCUUUUGCGUGCAAUGUUUGGUAUCAACGCUUUGAGCCAACCAGAGCUGAUCCAGAACUUGACAGUUCCUCCCUGUUUGGCUACUAGUCUCGUGACAGUACCACGACAAGCUGAGAUGCUUCCCGUGGAUAAAAGCUUUUACCACUUUUGCUUUGUGUAUCCAUUGGUGCUCGUUACGCAUUCCCUCCAGAAGUUGAAACAUAAGGAAGAAAUAAAUGAAAAAGGAAAGGAAUCAGAAGAGUUGGGAGGAAUUGGUGUUUUCAUUAAAAAGCUCCGAAAUAAGGCUGCCUCGUCUAUUCGGUCACCUGUAAAACUGGACAAGCAAUCACCCAUCCAUUCAUACAUCCGCUGGUUUGAACCGCUCGUAAUCCGUGCCUUGAAGGAAUACACAAUGUCCAGUAAAGUGAUCUUGCAGCAGCAAGUCCUAAGCCUCUUAGCUCAGCUCAUAAAACUUAGAGUGAAUUAUUCUCUACUGGACGCUGAUCAGGUAUUCAUCAGCUUUGUUCAGAAACAAUUUGAAUUCAUUGAUGCAGGCCAAAUAAAAUCCUGCGACACUUUCCUUCCACACAUCUUCCAGUUUCUUGUGUUACUGUCCUAUGAGUGCUUUCAACCAAAGUUUAAUCAAGCGAAAGCAAUUGUGGGAAUGCCAAGAAUUAUCCAGCUUUGUGAUGGUAUCAUGGCGGGAGGACAGCCAGCCCAAACUCACGCCAUUCCAGCUUUACAACCAAUAAUCCAUGACUUGUUUGUCCUGAGAACUGCUAGUGGUAGUGAAAUCGGAGGAGAUCUGGAAACCCAAAGAGAAGUUGUCGUCUCAAUGCUGCUUCGUUUGGUGCACUAUCCCGAGGUGCUAGAAAUGCUGGUUACAGUUUUGAACUGCUACCAGCGAGAUGAAGUCAAAUGGAAGGACCUAUCGGGACAAAUCAUAGACCUGCUCCUUCCUCUUCUGGCAAACCAGAAGGUCCACGUUGAAUCAGAGUAUGGUAUUAAGAUGUUACAAGCUGUGUUCACCGCUGUUGCCCCUGGGUCAUUAUGGCCAGUAGAUGUGCUCUUGAGGGUUUUGUUUUCCAGCUUUGAUCAGUCAGAUGCAUUCAAGCGUUGGUUAGCUACAAUACUUGUGGUAUUACAAACUCUCAUGGCACAAGUAACAGAAGACAUCCUUCUGUCGAGAAUUGACCAAUCGGGAUUUCGACCUAGAUGUGUCAACAUGAUGGACAAACCUUUGCUACCCAUUGAAGUUUUCGUAAAGUUCCUCUUUUACGUUGUUGAAACAAGUGCCAACCAUGUUAACAUGGCAACAAGAAACUCCUUAGUAAACUUGAGAUCACCAAGCGAAGAAGCCUUCUUAUUGAAACUGUUUGGCAGCUUGCUUUCAUGUGUUACACAUCUGUUAAAAUCAGCAAACUUCAAGAAAGUGUCCCAGUUAGCAUCUUCGUCACCCAUCAUCCAUCCAACUGUGGACUUAGUCAAUGAAAAUUUGUCUCAUCUUGUGGACACCCACCCAGUUCUGGUUCUACAGUGGUGUCAUGUGUUGAGACAACUGAAGUACACGGACACACAGUUCUGGUUUGGGUUCCUUGACACAGGACUACGUUUGAGCACUGCCUCUGGUAGCAAUAUUGAACUGGAGGGUCCGACGUUGAAUAAAGAUGUGACUCGAUCGGGAGUGAUACUGAUCUACUGUGACCUGCUUAUAACACAACACAUGGAGCAGGGAUCAUUGGAUCAGUCUCAGGUCGGGACCCUGCUAAGGAUGUCUCUAGAGGACCUUGUACAGAUGACAGAUGAACCACCCAUACAGGGGUUUCUAAGAAAUCAAACGUUGUUGUCGUUGGUAACUAAAAUUCUCCCCUCAAGUUCACCUGUGGAAAGGGAUAUGCCUUGCAAUGAAGAUCUGGCUUCGUCUAUGAAAAACUACACGAUUGAUCAGGAAUGGUUUUGCCGACUUGCUCAGCAAUGCUGUUUUGCUGCUCGUCCAAUGGACCAGAGGAACGGAGCCAACGUUAAACCUGAGGCGAUUCAGAUGCUCAGUGUUCUGAAUGCAAAGGAAGUUUCUUUUGUCAUAAAUCACGAGAACUUUGACAUCUCUCUGCUUGAAGAAUGUAUAUCACUUGGAAUCGAAAGAACUCUUCUGUUGACCUCGAGAAGGCAGAACGGAGAGAACGUACCAAGUAAUUUACUUAACAAUGCAGAGCACUUUGAAAACCAUGACGUCGAUCAAUUAUUGCUUAUUUCCAAACUCGCUUUAUUUUCCAAAAUUGAACAAGUUGCAAAGGAUGUUAUUACAACGAGAACGUUCAGAGAUAAUGAAAAUUCAACAAAGCUGCAGUGUUUCCAGUUGGCUUCUGAUCGUCUGUCAGCUCUCUGCAAUGAUGUUGAUUGGUGCAAAAAGGUCACGUCCCUUGCAAGGGCUCUUGUGGCCUUAGCUGGUGCAAUUCCGACUCUUCCUAAGCAUUGUAAAAUCCCCGAAUCUGGCCAAGAAGCGCUUUUUCAGUUUGUUUUCGUUCCAUUGGCGAUGGUGCAUUAUUCCCUUGUAAAUGGUAAACGUCCAUGUUCCGUUGAACUGAAGUCUAAUCUUGAAUGUCUGGCUAAGUACCUUAAUCUUGAUUGCGCAAAGAGUAUUGGGAAACUUGAGUUCUUUCCGUUGGUUUGUUCUGCUAUUAAUCACGUUCACGUGCUCUUAAAUGCAGUUGAUGGUAGUGGUGACAAUGACGAGGAAGGCUUCUUUACUGAUCAAAUUAAAGUUGAUAUGGGGGAUGAAGGAGUUCAGAUUGCUAGGAAAGCCUGUGGAGAAAUCUCACAGCUGAUCCACCGGCUACUGACCAUCCUGAAACCAGGAUCAGUUCAAAAACCCUCCCUGCCUCAAUUCCUAUUGCGUCCUUUUCAAGACAUCAUUGUUGGUUUAGCGAGGCAACCUCUUGUUAACAGCUAUGCGCGCACCCUACCUUUGGUGUGGAAGAUGGGCUGGGCACCAGUCCCUGAAGGGCCUCUUAAAACAGAGCUUCCUCCUUUACCGAUAGAGAUCUUGAAAGAGAAAGAUGUCCUGGAUGAAUUCGUAAAAAGGGUUAAUUUGAUUGGGUGGACCUCCAGACAACAGUUUGAAGAAACAUGGGCUGCCCUUCUCGGUGUGAUCAGUUCACCACCUCUACCAGAUACAGUUUCAACAGAGGAGGAUAUGGAGUCGACGCAUUCCUGCUGCCUGGCAGUCCGCUGUAUCUCAGAAUUGUUGCUUCAGACCACUCUUUACCCAGUCCCGGGAAACCCAAGCGCAAGUGCUUAUCUUCACAGACCGAGACACAGGGAUCUGCCUUUCUUGGGAAGCAGGGCAGGGAAGAAACUUACCUUUGUUAGGGGCAUGAUUGAGGAGGAAUUUGUUUCCUUGUGCUGUACAGGUUUUUCAGUACACUGUGAAGCAGACGGAUUACGAAUAUGAAGGAAACUAUCAACUACGGAUUAAUGUCCUGAUAGCGAAUAUAAAGGAGAGUUUUUGUACAAGUGUUAAGUGGAAUCAGCUUUAAUAUCGUUGCUUUGAGAGGGUUCGGGUCUCUUCUUUUGCUUUUUAUUUACGGAGAUGGUGGCGUUUGAAAAGUUCUAGAUAUGAAUUGCUUUACUCUUAUACAUGCCAAUGUAAAUCCUCAUACAUAUCACUUGAAAACAUAACAGCUACUCUAAACUUCUUGGUUCCUAAAGACUUCAAAUUAUAAAAGAGAACUGGAUUGAGUGUUACAAAAUAUAUAUGUAUUAAUAAUGCAUCUACAGCAUGGCAGACAUCACCAUUGUGAUAGUAACUUCUAUGGUAUUUUGUUAUCCUCAGUUUUCAGUUUUUCUAUUAACCUUUGCUUAAAAAAGGAGUUUAUGAAAGAGUAUAUUUGCUACUUUCCCGUCUGGACGGGAGGUUUAACCCCGUCCUUUCUCUUCCGCCGCCCCCCACCCUCUUUCAGUAUUUCACCAGCUUUCCCUUGAAGUUUGGAAGAACCCAGUACCAAGUUUCCUUGCCCAAGAAUAGUACACAAUUGAUCUGGAAUUCAUCGGGAUGAAAAAAAGGGGGGAAAGGUGUAAGAAUCCUUUGACGUAGAGAACUUGAGUAGGUUUGAAUUGCUGUUUUC